CAUAGGCUGUGCUGUAAUUGGCCGACGGUCUCCUCCUGCUGACGACGACAAUGUUGUUAUUGGUCAACAGCGGAGCAAGCGCUCGAUUCUCAUUGGCUGCGGUUUUUUUUCUUUACAAACGCGAGGAAGAGAGUUGUAAACGAAGCGCGUGCUUGAGCAAAAUUGCAGGGUUGAAAAUAUAGCUUGCGCCGUUUCCAACCUCUUCAGCUCAGCGGUUUGUGUCAAGCCUGGAUUCUGCUCGUCACUACCGCCUUUCAGUCCACCAGUGAGACUAGGGAGCCGACGAUCCGCCUUCUCUCCAUCACUGCGUCUGUUCUCCACCAUUUUGUUGAGGUUUGCAGCCAUACCGCUAGCGCGUGAGUGUAGAGUGUAGUGAGCCCCGGCGUUUAGCGCAGCGGCUUGGAGGCUUUUGUUUGCUCCGUGACAGGGCAGUUAGAAACGGUGCCCUCUUUCGGAGCUGUCGCUCGAUAGCCGCAGAGCAGGGAGCAGCCUUUCUCAGGUUCUAAGCUCAGAUUUUCAAAUUGGCUGCAUUAUUGUAUUGUUUGUGCUGCGGGAUCCUGGAUCGGGUGAGACGGGGGAAGCUGGCAGUCGGUGGAAAAAAAAAUAACAGAAGGAGCUAACUUCAGUUAGCCCCGCGGCUGCGCCCCCAUUGUUUUGAGUCCCGUCACCACCCGAGCCCGAAUCCCGCGCGCUCUUUUACAUCCCCAGAUAAGCUUUAAGAAAAAAAAAUAAAAAAUUUCGAUAUUAAAAAUGUGCUCUCGGGUGUGGUUUGUAACCGACCGGCGCAUUAGCCAGGAGUAUCCUCAAGUUCAGAUCCUGCGGGCUCUGAAGGAGCGAUGCGCCGAGGACGACGUUGAAUUCCGCUAUCUCUUAAUGGAUGAGAUCGUUAUAACCAUUACGGACGGCCAGCUGGGUCUGCGAGUGGGGCAGGAGGUGGUGACGUCUUACCCGCAGGUGGCUGUGGUGCGUGUUCCUACUCCAUGGGUGCAGUCGGACAGUGACAUCACUGUUCUGAGGCAUCUGGAGAAGAUGGGUUGCCGUCUGGUCAACCGGCCCCAGGCUAUCCUUAACUGUGUCAACAAGUUCUGGACCUUCCAGGAGCUUGCUGGACAUGGAGUCCCACUGCCUGAUACUUACUCCUACGGUGGCCAUGACAACUUCCGUAAGAUGAUUGAUGAGGCAGAGCCAUUGGGUUACCCGGUUGUGGUGAAAAAUGCUCGUGGACACCGAGGUAAGGCGGUGUUUCUGGCACGGGAUAAGCACCACCUCUCUGACUUGUGCCACCUAAUUCGGCAUGAGGCUCCAUACCUAUUCCAAGAAUAUGUGAAGGAGAGCCACGGGCGAGACGUGCGCGUGGUGCUCGUGGGCGGCAGAGUGAUCGGAUCUAUGCUGCGCUGCUCAACAGACGGACGCAUGCAGAGCAACUGCUCCCUCGGCGGUGUGGGUGUGAUGUGCCCUCUGAGUGAGCAGGGCAAGCAGCUGGCUGUGCAGGUGUCCAACAUCCUGGGCAUGGACGUGUGUGGUAUUGACCUGCUGCAGUUAAAUGACGGCUCAUUCGUGGUUUGUGAGGCCAACGCCAAUGUAGGCUUUAUCGCAUUUGAUCAGGCAUGCGGGAUCGAUGUGGCAGGUAUCGUGGCAGACUACGCCCUGUCGCUGCUGCCCAGCCGCCUUAGCCGCAAGAUGUCCCUGCUCUCCGUGGUGUCCAGCGCCAGCGAGACCAGCAGUGAGCCUGAAGUGUGUAUCCCCCCAGAGGCAUGCCCACCUGUCGCACCCUGCGCCAUCCCCGACGCAGUCAGCACCAUGAGCACUAGCUCCACCUCCAGCGAGAGUGAGGCGGAGCUUGUUGAGAUAAGUCACACCCAGAGUGUGCCCGAUCCCGCAUACAACAUCAACUCCCUCCUCGCAAAGGAGAUUAAACUAUUGACUGAGUGAGCUGAAGAGAAAAUGGCAACUACAUGCACAAACACACUCAUACACACCGUACAUACAUAUGCAUACACAUACAGUACAUGUACACAUGCAUACAGUGGUCAACUGCGUAUACACACACACACACACACACACACACACAUUUGUGUUUUUGUACUAACCCAUCCUGUAAACCCUGAUGCUGAUCUGAGGCUGCUCCCCUGACAGUGACUGCAAAAGUGCAGUGUACACUCUGACCAAGCCUUAGUGCAGGCAUUCAAACAGUGCAAACAGUGAGUGAGUGAUUGCCACUGUAUUUCAGGGUGCAUUGUACUGGAGAGUGGUUUUAGAUUGGAAAAGAUUUGAGAACACACACACCCACACACACAAACACACACACACACACACACACACACACACACACCCACACAAACACACACACCAAGGUAUAGUGAGAGCCCAACACUAUUGCAAGGCUUAUCAAGCAUGCAGUGCAGUGUGAUGCAUUGACUUAACAUGAAGGAAGGUAUCCCAAAACGGUUUGUCUAUGUGUGCCCCAACCGGGUGUUUUCACCCUCCCAAACACAUAUGCACACAGACAUUCACACAUCAGCAUGAACACGUAAAGAAGGACUGAAAAAGCUGUACAUAUUUUCUUCCCAUUCCAGUGGACUGGUACACAGUUGUACAGAGUAAGAAUGCAUUCACCAUGUUUUUAGCUUCAGUGCUUGUCUGCAUUUUAAAAAAAACGCCCUGUCACACAAACACACCUCAUUUAGGGUAAUUAAGAUUUUACUCUUGACCUGGAACAAGUCUUACGUUUUUGUAUUUUAGAUGUUCAACUUAGUUGGGUAGAAAUUGGAGCGGGUGCUAUAUCAGCACUUGGAUACACCAACACUUUGGCAGUUCAUCUGUUUUUUUUUUUUUUUUUUAAUUUAUAUUUUUUUCAUUUAAUAGGUGUCAGGAUGACAGACUUUGUACUGUCUUCUUACAGUAUGCAGAAAGCAAAGUAGAUAAUAGAAGACAACACCUAAAUUGAAUGUGUUUAAAUGCCUCUUUAAGAAGAGCAUUUUGCUCCCCUCUCCCCAAUUCAGUGGCACUAUGGGACAGUUUGGUUAAUGAGUCAGCCAGUUUAGAUUACCUACUGUUCCCCAUUUUAGGCUGGAGUGUUGGAACCACUCUGAACCAUUCAGGGAGCGGCUGCAUUCAGCAAGAGAUAAAAACAAGUAUGCGUUUAAAUGUACAACACUCACUCAUCUAGUCAAUACCUGUACAGACCUGCAUGUGCAGUAUGUGCCACACCCAAUGUUUACUUCACCCCCUCUCACUUUUAGCAUCUGAGCAGUGAGCUACAUAGAACAAGUAUUAUGUAUGAUGAAUGCUUAUUAGGCUUAUGCAUACUGCACCGUAUAUCCAAAUGACCUUUUUUUUUUUUGCCAACACUAAAAUCUUAAAAGCUGUUUGAAAUUUCUUUGUAAGGCAUCAACAAUAAAAUGAACUAUCAACUCAAAUGGGUUCAACCCACUGGUGUACAGACUGGUGCUGUUCAGAAAAUAAAGAUGUUUAAUUUUUGGUAAAGCUGGAAAUGUCCUCCUCUUGUCUGCAUGUUUGGAAGCAAUUCUCUGAAUUCAGAGAUCACAUUUGGAUGCAGUUCACCUCAAGAGUUCAACUUCACACUGAGUCUUAGCAUUUAACUCAUUUACAGUAUGGACCAAACUCAUAAUCUGAACUCGGAUUCGUUUUAUGUUUACACGUCAGAAUACAGAUAAAGUUGUUUACAUUUACACAACACUCAAAAUCCUGAUGAAUUCAAAACAUUUCAAACUUGAAGUAGAAUUUUGUUGUAGUAAACAUUGAGGUUCAUUAAACUCAGGGAAGCAGCCUGGAUCAAAUUCCUCCCCUGACCCAUCCUAAAACAGAUCUGCUUAUACUGUGUAUCAACCUACAACUAAAGAAAUGCUUGUACCAUUAAUGUAAUCAUGCACUUUUUUUUUUUCGUUGUUGUUGUUGUUGCUUGUUUUCUAUUGUUCAGUGUUUUCAUGGUUCUUUUUUUAAUGAUAAGACUGGUUUGUGUGCACUAAUCUCUGACUGGUGGUGAGCUUUAGUGGAAUGCUUUAACAAAGACAUCUAACAGCUGAAACACACACAAACACACACCUCCCCAUCCUCCAUGUUGUGAUUUGCUGUACCAUGUGAUGUGUUCCAUCAUCCAUCAGCGGACUGAAUGGUAACUAAGCAACCGGACACACUCGCUCCUUCCGUCUGUCAUGGGAGCCAAUAACAUGAGCAGCAGAGCUCCUUUAGCUUUUUAUUGUGUUGUUAAAAACAUGAUUCCAAAACAACACCUGUGAUUAAAGGGAGUGGUAAGACAUUCGAGGUUAUAGAGCAUCAAGUAUUAAGCAAAACAUGAUUAGAGAAAUGUGUGAAAGGCAGAGGAAUUUGGUGCAAUAAAUUAUUUGCCAAACCUGAGCAGACACCAUUUUGACAUGGUACCACUCCGUUGCCCACUCUACUAACAAGACACUGAGAAAAUGGCAUUUACUCAUUACUUAAUAAUGUAAAAUUGCUGCUAAUGUUCAGUUCUGUUGAUUUCCAGGAUGUAAAAGGAAAAUGAGCAGACUCCAGAUAACUACAUUUCAUUGCCUCGUCAUUUUCUUUUGUUUGUUUGUUUAAGUUAGACGUUCCCCCCUGAAUGCCAAAAACCAGCAAUGUUAUAUAAUACUAGGGAACCUAUUAGUGUUAGAACACUAACAUCAAUGUUGUAUGUUAUAAUAUUCUAAUAAUAAGAAUAAGAAUAAUUAUAAUAUUAAUAAAAAGGACAUUUAAAAAUGUCUGGAACAUGAAACAUG